AAAGGGCAGGAGCGUGCCUUAACUCCGCAGGGUUCUCUUUUGGUUGUUGGAGUUUGUUUUGUUUUUUUUUUAAUUUUAUUUUCUUCUUUGCUUUUUCUUAAGGGGGGGAGAAAAAUGAGGAAAAUAAAAUUCUGGGAGGGGGCAGGCGCGGGGGUGAGGACGUUGCAGCGUGUUGGCUGGUCGUGCGACUUCUUUAAAAAAUGAAAUGCUUGUUGGUGGGGGAAAAGUUUCCUUUAAAAAAAAAAAAGAGGAGGAAAAAAGUUUGGCUGGCAGCGGUGGAGAUGAUGAUGAGUUCGUGCAGCCUCCCUCUUCCCUUCCCCCGCUCCUCCCUCUCCUCUCCUCCCUCCGCGGCUCCUGUGUUUUUUUUUUCUUUUUUUUUUUUUUUUUUUCCCCUUCCCUGUUGCAGACUUUCUACCAACCAGCAGCACCAGCCGCGGCGUUUUGCCUUCAGGACCUGAUGCUCAUCCAUAUUAAACCGUCUGAGCUCAGGAAUCCGGCCAGAUCAUCCCCCCCUCCUGCUGCAAAGUUUAUUUUUAACCAGCCACCGCCACAAUUUGGAUGGGGCUGCGAGGAAGCAACAUCUUCUAGCCCGGCUCGCCCCCGUCUCCCGAGCCCGCAGCCGCUUGCCUUUUAACUUUUCCUUCGGGCUUACUUUCCUGCCGGCGGUGGCGGCGGGUCCCGCGGCGGCCCCUGCCCGCUUUUCCCGGACGGGAGGGCCGCGCCGGAGCCGGGCAGUUGGGAUGAAGGCGCCCCUUCUUCGCAGGCUGCUCUGUACUGGUGCUCCAGCAGUGGUGACAGUGAGGUGACGCUGCCAGUAUAAUUCUCUGCCGCUGGGGUGCCAAGUCAGCACCGACACUUCAGUAGCAAGGGCAGAGUUGGUAUUAAAAAGUGCUAGAGGGUGCUGCUGAAGAAGAGGCUGAAGAGCCAGACGCUACUAUACAUACCACACUAAGUGAGGAGACCGGCAACCAAGAAGAGAGCCACAGUCAAUCAGGGGAUAAAAAUGAAGAGAAGCAGCUGGAGAGCUUGAACAGCUACAAGGUAUCACCAAGUUCACCAAACAGUUUGGACGGAGCAGACCUGUCCUCCAUUGACGCCAUGAUGUCAGCAGUGAUGAAUGUGGGGAAGAUUGCUGAAAAUGGCGGGAACUCUCAAAAUGUCAAAUCCCCCUCAAAGUCUCCUGCACCAAAUCGGAUUGGCAGGAGGAACCAGGAAACAAAAGAAGAGAAGUCUUCCUAUACCUGUCCUCUGUGUGAAAAGAUUUGCACUACACAGCACCAGCUAACUAUGCACAUUCGUCAGCAUAACACUGACACUGGAGGGACAGACCAUUCCUGCAGCAUCUGUGGAAAGUCUCUGAGCUCAGCGAGCUCCCUUGAUCGCCACAUGCUGGUGCACUCAGGUGAAAGGCCUUAUAAAUGUUCAGUAUGUGGACAGUCCUUCACCACCAAUGGAAACAUGCACAGGCACAUGAAGAUUCAUGAGAAGGAUCCGAACAGCACAGCAAGCACAACUCCCCCGUCGCCGCUGAAGCGCAGGCGAUUAUCUUCGAAACGGAAGUUUAGUCAUGAUGUUGAGAUGGACAGAGAGGAGAGGACACCUGCAAAAAAGGUUGUCGAGGAUGGUCACUCCGGUGAAGGGGAUAAGAAGGCUGAGGAGGAAGUUUAUCAUUGUCCAGUGUGUUGCAAAGCUUUUUUUUGCAAGUAUGGGCUGGAGUCCCACAUGGACACACAUCCAGAUAAUUCGCUGAGGUGUGACAUCUGUUGUAUUACCUUUCGUACUCAUCGGGGCUUACUGCGCCAUAAUGCAGUUAUCCACAAGCAGCUUCCCAGAGAUGCCAUGGGAAAGCCUUUCAUUCAGAACAACCCUUCGAUUCCAGCAGGCUUCCACGACUUGGGAUUCAUGGACUUCUCCUGUAGGAAGUUCCCCCGCAUUUCUCAGGUCUGGUGUGAAACGAAUUUGCGAAGGUGCAUCAGUGACUUCCAUCAGUUUAUUUGCGAGAUGUGUAACAAGGCAUUCCCCAUGCUUUCGGCGCUCGAACUGCACAUAGAAACCCACAUGAUGGAUCAGGGAAAAGACAAGCACAAGCCACAGUCCACGAACCCACCUGGCGAGAACCCAGACCAGAAAGCCUUCAUGGCAUCCUUGGGCCUACAGUACACCAAAGACAUCAAGCCUGUCAAGCAGGAGGACAAUAUACAAGAUGAGGUCCAAGAAACGCGGCUCAGAGCACUGAAGAGUAACCUACCUCAGGAACCUGGCAGCACCGGUCUGCUCAGCCUCUCUCCUCUGGAAGCUGCCUCUAUGGGAGGGUCAUUUUCAGUCCUUCCCCCAACAAAAGAAAACAUAAAGCUCCUCUCGCUGCAGCCUUUCCAGAAGGGUUUUAUCAUCCAGCCUGACAGCAGUAUUGUGGUAAAACCCAUCUCCAAUGAGUCUGCCAUUGAGCUGGCAGACAUUCAGCAGAUCUUGAAGAUGGCUUCUUCCGCUCCUCCUCAGAUCAGUCUUCCUCCACUUUCUAAGGCACCUUCUGUCCCUGUGCAGUCCAUUUUCAAGCAUAUGCCACCACUGAAGCCAAAGCCUUUGGUAACGCCCCGAACAGUCGUUGCAACCUCUACGCCACCUCCUCUUAUCAGUGCCCAGCAAGCCUCCCCUGGCUGCAUCAGCCCAAGCCUCCCACCUCCCCCUCCGAGGCUGAUCAAGAACUCGGUGGAGUCCUCCUCCAACUCUCACCUACCCCAGCCAGGAGCCAAAUCAAGUCCUUCCUCACAGUUGCUCCUCCAACCCAAAGUAGAGCCUUUAACUCAGCACGAGAUGAAGACACAACUGGAGCAGGACAGCAUCAUUGAAGCUCUCCUGCCUCUGAGUAUGGAAGCCAAGAUCAAGCAAGAGGUCACAGAAGGAGACCUCAAAGCCAUCAUUGCAGGGGCAGCGAACAAGAAAGCCCCAACCAUGAGGAAAGUUUUGUACCCCUGCCGUUUCUGUGACCAGGUGUUUGCCUUCUCUGGUGUCCUGAGAGCUCACAUCCGUUCUCACUUGGGUAUUUCCCCGUACCAGUGCAACAUCUGUGACUACAUCGCAGCUGACAAGGCAGCGCUGAUCCGGCACCUGCGGACACACAGCGGGGAGAGGCCUUACAUCUGUAAAAUCUGCCACUACCCGUUCACAGUGAAAGCCAACUGUGAGAGGCAUCUGCGAAAGAAGCAUCUCAAAGUGACCAGGAAGGAUAUAGAGAAGAACAUCGAAUAUGUCACCAGCAAUGCUGCAGAGAUGGUGGAUGCCUUCUGCUCCCCAGACACUGUGUGCAAGCUGUGCGGUGAGGACCUGAAGCAUUACCGGGCUCUCCGCAUUCACAUGAGGACCCACAGUGGCUGCCAGAAGAAGAAGCCGUUUGAGUGCAAGGAGUGUGGCACAGCCUUUUCAGCCAAGAGAAAUUGCAUUCACCAUAUCCUCAAACAGCACUUGCACGUGCAAGAAAGGGAGAUCGAGAAUUACAUCUUGGCGGUGGACUGCAGCGCCCAGGAAGGCCAGACGGACCCUUCUUUAUUGGAGGACAGCACUUACAUGGACCGCAAGCCCAUGACGCCUUUCUUGGAGCCACAAAACGGCUUCUUGCUUGGGACAUCGUCUCACGUUCCCAUCAAACUUGAACCUGCAGGCAACUUCCCGAUGGAUUUUGAUGAGCCAUUGGAUUUCUCUCAGAAGAACAAAAACCUGAGUGCUGUGCAAGUGAAGCAGGAGAACCUGUUUGGCUCUUCUCCCCUGUCCCUCUACGAUUGUUCCAUGGAGCCUAUCGACCUGUCCAUCCCCAAAGCCCUGAAGAAGGAUAAAGAUGAUGUCCCAUGCGAAGCCAGGAGUCAAGAGUUGGCUGCUGCUGGGAACAGUGAUAAAGCCUAUAACUGUCUGCAGUGUCCUUUGGUUUUUGGUGCCAAUGGAAGCUCAGAGAAAAACAGGGGUGUCAGGCAUCCCCAGCCACUGAAAGGUUCGUUGCAUUUGACUGUCCCGAUCAUUUCCCCGGCUCUCCUUGGCAAUUCUGCCUUGCUGAGACCCUUGAGGCCUAAACCACCACCACCACCACUCUUGCCAAAGCCUCCAGUAACUAAAGAGCUGCCACCGUUGGCUUCCAUUGCACAGAUCAUUUCAUCUGUGUCUUCUGCUCCUGCUUUAUUGAAAACGGAGGCUGCAGACGCCAGUCCCAAGGCAGUGAGCAGCUCCACUGGCUGUGACAAAUCAGGGAACGCCAAAGCAAAAGUGACAAUCGUGACCGCUGUUCAGAGAGACUCCAGCCUGCCCAGUGACCUGACUCAGGCGUGUGAUCCAGAGCAGUCUCCCAUUGCUGAUGCUGGGUUGACUAAGAAAAGAGGUCGAAAGAAAGGAACAAAAAAUAAGCCUAAACUUAGCAGUGGUGUGGACCUGGAGUCAAGUGGGGAGUUUGCUAGCAUAGAGAAGAUGCUGGCUACCACAGACACUAAUAAAUUUAGCCCAUUUCUGCAGUCCACUGACAAUUUCAAGGAAGAAGGCGGCAGAAAUGGAAUGAGUGAGGAUGAGAAGGAAACUGCUGAAGAUAAGCUGCUGAGAGGGAAGAGGAACGCUUUUUCAGACUGCCUGCAAAAUAUCCCUUGUCCUUACUGUCCUCAAGUCUUUCCAUGGGCAAAUUCCCUGCAGCGGCACAUGCUCACUCACACAGACAGCCAGUCUGAUGCAGAGACACUAGCUACAGGGAACGAAGUCUUGGACCUGACCUCCUGCGAGAAGGAACAGCCAGAGGAAAUAACAGAGCUACCAGGGAGUGAGCGCAGCCUGAAGGAGGAGCAAAAAGCUAACUCCCCUCUGGCAGAAGUGGAUACCGAAGAAAAAGCGGAUGGAUAUGAAGAGGGCCCUGAGGAAGAUUCUGUAAGUAACAAAAGUCUUGACCUCAAUUUUGCCAGCAAAUUAAUGGACUUCAAGCUGGCAGAGAGUGACCAGAGUGCAGGCAGCAGUUCUCAGACUGAAAGGAAACAUGCCUGUGACAUUUGUGGCAAAACCUUCAAGUUUGCUGGCACUCUUAGCCGUCACAAAAAGGCCCACACUCGUGAGGACAGAAAGGAUGAAAGGAGCAGUGAGGAUGAAAGCAAAAGCAUUCAGGAUGGUGCAGGAGCUCCCUCGAUGCAGGACUCUGGUCUUGAGCAGGAAGAGUCUCCGAUGGACUUGAAGGUAGUGGAGUCUCCUGUGGACUGUGAGGCAACAGGAAAGGAAAAUGAAGAGAGCGAAAGCAUCUCUGAGGGGGAAGGCACAGAGAGAAAGUCCACUGAGAAGAGCAGUGAUGACAAAAAACCAAAGACUGAUGGGGCUAAGAGUACUGCAAAAGCAGACAAAAGAAAGAAAGUCUGUACUGUGUGCAACAAGCGUUUCUGGUCUCUGCAAGAUCUGACGCGACAUAUGCGGUCUCAUACAGGUGAGAGACCUUACAAGUGUCAAACCUGUGAACGGACCUUCACUCUGAAACACAGCCUGGUUCGUCACCAGCGCAUACACCAGAAAGUCAAAAAUGCCCGAAACCAUGGGAAGGAGAGCGACAAGGAGGACACCCAGUCGAGGUGCGGAGAAGACAGCGAAAAUGAGUCUAGCCACAGUGGCGCCAAUCCCAUCUCAGAAAACGAGUGUGACUCUGUGGGGGGGGGCGUCGGUAGCCAUACGUCCCUCUUGGGGAGCCGAAAAGAGUCCCUGGCCAGCACGGUCAAGGACUCCCCCUGCAGAGAGGAGAGGCCAAGCGGGCGAGGAGCCAGCACCUGCCUCGCGGAGCCCACCAAGAGUGCACAGAAACAGACCGCAAAAGACCAGGAGCCUCGGGGUAGCUCCGAGCACGAGAGGCCCUCGGGUUUCAUUCAAGACUUGCUGGAGCUGCACAACAAAAAGUCUCCCAUGAAUCACAUCCUUGCCUCUGCAGACAGUGCGCCUCAGCUCUUGGGGGUUGAAUAACUUGCUAGGAAGUCGGACCCAUCCCAGCACACAAGCUGAAGCCAGCAGAGCAAGGUUUCUGGAGUCUUGUUUUGGAAGAGCGACCUACAGCUGUGGGGAGAGUAUGGCAGACUGGACGCGGUGCCAUAUGCCUUUCAGUAUAAUAAUGCAAGAGACUACAGUAUAUACUGAUUUGAGUGCCUUACUACUUUAUUAGAUCUUUUGGUAUUAUAGAUUUUUUUUUUCAAAAAUGAUUUUUUUUUAAUAUUUUAAUGAAUUAUUUGGAGAGGACCUUUUUCAUUUAAGCAUUAAUGUUACCUUUUGUAUUGGUGUGCGUGAGCUUGUUCUUGUAUAUCUGUGAUAGUCGCUGUGUUUGUUCUCUGAGCUGGAAAUGGGGGCAGUGGGGUGGGAGGCCCUUGGAUACCACAGCUAAUAACUGGAAGAAAAAUUAUGUGAAUUUCAUACGAAAUAGUCGGAGGAAUUGCGGAGGAGAUGUUGAUUUAUUGUUUUUUCUCAGUAGAUGUUCUUGCAUUUGCCACAUGGUGGAGCAUUAAGCCUGUUCCAGGCAAUAACAACGUGGCAGUUGAAGGUGUUCAAAGUGGUUCAAGCCAGGAGCAGGAAACGCAAUGAAUUUCAACCUCAAGCUUGUUUCCACUUUUUCAGCAUUACAAAUGGUCUUUUAAAUCCUAGGGUUUUUUUCUGGCCAUCGUGGACUAGGCGUGUAUACAGAGAAGAGUUACAUAGCAACGUAACCUAUGGAAAUUACGCACCCGCUGUUAUAUAUGUUUGAUUUGCUUCAGUAUAUUAUUAUUAUUAUUUUAUUAUUAUUUUAUAAAAAUCCAUCAGUUCGCUUGUCUCUGCAGUCAGCAGAAACCAAUGGGCAAUAUUUGCCCACGCAGAUGUGUAAUGCAGCUUGGAUCCCCUCUCGAAAUGUUUUUGACUUAAUGCUUUCACCAGCUCCUCUUCUUAUGUUGCAGCUCUUCUACUGUACUUUAAACGAAACCCUUCCUCUGACCGGAGAGUCAAGUGGAGGCCAGCGAGGUAUCAUCACACCUGUACAGGGGAACAUCUCACUCGUGGUGGGGUGCGAGUGCGUGUUUGUGCGUGCGUGUGCGUGCGUGUGUGUUGGGGGGAGAAGUGUGCGAGAACAGGGCCGCGUAAAGCCCCUCCAAGUGCAUCAGAAAGGCACUGCGAGUACUAGGUUAAUCUUGUUGCAAUCAGAUCGGUGGCAGCGUGUGUUACUUAAAGAGCAAAGUUAUUCCGUCUUCCAGUUGAAAGCAAGCAAGGGAGAAAUGCGAGCCUUACCGUCAUCUUGCUACUGUCAUGGUCUAGAGCAAGAAAAUACUACUGGUAAUAAAACUACAGAUAUAAGACAUGUUAAAAAUAAAUAAAAUAAAUUAAAAAAAAAAAAAAUUCUUCCUGAGAUUUUGGGGUUGAUGCUUGAAGACUUGAGGUGUGUGUCUAAAUUUCAUAUCGAUAAUUUUAACCCCUUUAAUGCUGGCAGCUGGAAUUUCUCCGAAUGGCUCCUGUUGCCGGCAACAGGUGACACUCCAGCCACCAAUAUUGAAGGGGUUAAGCGAAAUGUAUCCUACUGUAGCUGCGCAUUUUUAGGAGUGCCCAGCGUUUUUGUUGUCCUUGUUGUUGUUGUCGUUAUUGUUGUUUGUUAAUUGUCCUUCAGUCAUGACCUCUGGGACAGACAGAGCCAUAAUAGCAUUGCCGGAGCCUCACUGUGCUAUUCCACCACUGCAGCCCCCCAGCCCAGCCCGCACUGUGACCCUCCCUCCUUCCCCCCGCAGAAUCGCUUUUCCUGCUCUCACCAGACAUGGAGGAAGUGGGCCUUGGACCCAGUCUAUAUUAUAUAAUAUAUAUAUAUCUAUAUAUAUCUAUAUCUAUAUUAAAAAUUCUCCGAAAAUUUCUGGAGACUGAAAUCUCACUGUCCAGAAUUCAAAGGAAGAGAAACGUUCUCGAGUAAUAUUCUUGCAAAUAGAAUAAGAAAAAAUGGUUGAGGUAUAUGUGAUUUCUAUUUUUUGUGUGUUGUUGGUUUUUUUUUUCUAAAUAGGGAUGUUUGAACCAGUUCAGAAACUAAGCUAACGCCAGAUAUAGAUAAAUCAAUCACAACCAAUGAUACAUUUGAAACUCUAUCCAGGUGCAUUCUACUUAAAACCAGUUCACGCAUCCCUUAAAUUGUUAUUACUAUUAUAAUUAUAAUAAUAAUUAUUAUUAUUUUGGGUAUUUUUUGGUUUUUGUCUUUUUUUGUUUUUGGUUUGUUGUUUUGGUUUUUUGUUUUGUUUUGUUUUGGUUUUUUUGCAACUCUCCACACUAAACUGCGCAAUACUGUGGGGGAGAAGCCAUUACUAAACUAUAUGCUGCAGAACAAUGUAGCAAGUAAUUAAUUCCCAGCAGCCUGCCGGGACAUCUGCUAGCAAUAAUCACUAUUGAUUUAAAGCUUUAUUUAGCCUUUAUCUAUAUCCUAGUAGAGUAUAAGGUCUUGCCACAUUUUAUUGACAUUUUUAUUAGUUGAGUUUGACUGAGAACCGUUGCUGUUGUUGGGGUUUUUUUGUUUCCCCUCCUCCCCCAAUAUUAAACUGUGAAAUUCAUAAUGUGUUUAAACUAUGGGUGAAUCUUAGGCUUUAGUUUGCAUGUUCAGCUAAUUUGUCUCUAUACGAUUUUUGUUUGAAUCUUUUUAUUUUUUUUCCUCUCUCAGGGCUUUUACAAAAAACAAAAAACAAACAAAAAAAAAGGAUCUUCUGAAAUUCUUUUGCCUGAGUUGCAAUGGACUUAACAUUGAGAUAAUUCAAUCACUACAUUAAGCACUUGACUGUGAAAGCGCAAAAAAAAAAAAAAAAAAAAAAAAAAAGGAAAAAGAAAAAAAAGAGAACCUUGUUUGAGGCUGUUGUGAAAUAACUUUUGGGGGCUAUGUGACAGUCUGAUUCCAUUUUCAGAAUGAUUCAUCAUCUUCGCUCUCCUCUCUGUGUGUCUCCUUUCUCUUCUCUCUCUCUCUCUCUCUCUCUCCACGAAGGAAGUUUAAUCCUAGUGAUUUCAUCCCAUGCAGGAAACAGUAAUAAAUGUGUAGAAUUCAUAUUUUUCUAAAGGGAACUUAAACUGCUGCUACGAAUUGUGUACAAGACUGGUUUAUGCCACAUGAACAGAGAAUCACACAUUUGUUUUGGUACUUUUAUUCCUCUUUUUAUUCAGUUGUACAGUACUUCCAAAUUCAAAAUAAAAAGUAAAACUUGUUCUGUAUCAAACCAUCUAAGCAAUAAAAUGUUAUAUUUAAAAAUUA